UAAAAUCGAUUGACUAACUCUAGGUUACAUAUACGUAUUUAUAGUUACAUGUUAAAACGACUAUGUCAUCGUCGAGAUAACGUUUGAUAAAACAACAUUUUGUAUUUGUGUUUUGUGUAAUGUUUUCAUAACAUUGAAUGCGCCAAACGAGAUUGAGGCGGCAACGGUAGUUUCGCUAUAUCGCGCCUUUAGAAUUGAAUUGGCUUAACCCAAAAUUCUUGUUUUUUGGUAAAUGCCAAAAAUAAUAUAAUCAAAGAAUUGUGUUUGUUUUGGUUUUCCGAUUUUCAUACUUUAUAGUAUGCGCUGGAUUUGAAAGAUACGGAACGAGUUUGAUGUUUAAUUUUAUAAACUGUUAAAAUACAUUUUAAAAAGCCGUUGAAAGUUUCAAAUACAUUUUCAUAAAAUUCUUAGUUAAGCCAUUUCAAUUCAAAAGGUGCGAUAUAAAUGAUAUAAUCUAUGGCACGGCUUGGCAGUCAAUGAACGCCCGCGUCGCGCGCCGGGCGUUGUACGAAUCGCGAUUCGCGCCAACUACAAUCGAAUUGAACAUUGAAAAACAAAACAGUGUUUACAAUUGCUAUUUCUCGCUUAAAUGUCAACAAAAUAGUUUGUUAUGUAGUCGACAGUGAAUUAUCUUAAAAACUAUUUUAUUAAUAUAUAUCGAAUAUUCAUAACGCAAAUGAUAGUUAACUAUUUACAUAAAUUACCUGUUUUCGUGGUUUGUUGUUUUAAAAUAAAAUGUGUCAGUGAUUGUCUGCUCUGUGUUUUUGGUAAAUUAAAAAGUGUAUUUUUUUGUUUGUUUCUAUAUUUACAUUUUUAAUUUAAUUGAUAUUGUGGCCCGUGGUCUCCAAAGUUUAGAUUGAAUUUGACGGAAGUUUUCUGUCGAUAGCUCAUACAACAAACUGGCUUGGCGUGCAUUAUAUUUGAACAAACGGAUGGAAUGUCUUCGGCGCGCACUGUGCGGUACCGUGGAUUUCGUGGGGUCGGAGUGGUGGAGCUCGAUGGAGUUUAGUCGGAAUGGGAGCUCGGAGAUCAGUAAGAGUCAGUAUUCUCUGGUUUCUUCCGGCGACCUGACCGCUGGAGCUGUGCAGCUAUGGUUGGGAUUACCGGAAGAAGUGAAAUAUGACCCUGCACUGGCUGCGUUCCGGCGCUACUAUGAAAGUGAAUAUGAAAACGUUGAGGAGAUAACGCUGAAACCGAGGAACUCCCUCCCAAGGUUACGAUUACCGACCGUCAAAUCGGCGCCGCAUCUCAACAAUAACGUUCUGCCAAAUCUCAAAGAUGAAGCCACCAACGGCUUCAAGAUUUCGGCAUGCGAAGAGAAGAAUCAAGAGAAAAUACAAGAAGAGGAAACGAACAUGCGCAAGACGAGCACUUCCGCCUACGUAAAGCACUUGAUAAAAAUCUCUAUACUCCUGGCAUGCUGGAUGUUCUUCACGAUCGUCUUCAUGAUGUACAAUGAGAAGGUGGAAGUGUUCAUGAGCUCGUCCGUGGCUCCGGGAGAGGUCAAGAGCUACAUCAUAGACUUAAAAGAGGACAAGCUAUCAUUGUCCUUAAGCCUUUCUGGGCCGUUCCUCUCGGAGCAGUGGCAGGCCAAGUUGAAUUCCACGGAGGGAGUAAAGAAGAUGGAGGUUUGGCUUGAAAGGCGGCCCGAUGAUGACAGCAGAGGAGUAUCGGUCGAGAUAUCAAAGACAUGGGAAAUAGUAUUGCUAGAGAACGAAACGGAUUUCUGUGAGGGCGAACUGAGGUCGAACGUUCUAGAAUUGAAGACGUUGAACGCAACCAAUAAUGGGUCUUACGCUGUCGCGAUAAGAACUAACGCGAACGAGACGAUACCGUUCCAAAUGAGCUACAAGAUUGAGCCGCUGGAUCAGACUUCGGGAGUGAUUUACGCUUCAAUUUUACUGCUGGGGUUGUAUGUUCUGAUAAUAUUUGAGAUCAUAAACCGAACCAUGGCAGCAGUUAUCCUGUCAACAACGGCCAUGGCCGUCCUCUCGUUACUAGGCGAAAGGCCUUCCUUGCCAGAAUUGAUCUCGUGGCUGGAUAUGGAGACGUUGCUGCUGCUCUUUAGCAUGAUGCUGCUUGUAGCGAUCAUGGCUGAGACGGGACUGUUCGACUAUCUCGCCGUCUACACAUUUGAGGUUACAAGAGGGAAGAUCUGGCCCCUGAUCUCCGUUCUGUGCGGAAUAACGGCGAUGCUAUCAACAUUUUUAGACAACGUUACAACUGUAUUACUAAUGACACCGGUCACAAUAAGGUUAUGUGAAGUGAUGGAUAUGGAUCCUAUUCCCGUACUGAUGUCCAUGGUCAUAUACAGUAAUAUUGGUGGGACCGCUACUCCUGUGGGCGAUCCGCCCAACGUUAUAAUAGCUUCAAAUAAAGCUGUUAGUCAAGCUGGGAUAAACUUCACGAAUUUCACAUUGCACAUGGCACUGGGAAUCGUCUUCGUGUGUCUGCAGACCUACGUUCAAUUGAGAUUCAUUUAUCGAGACACGAAUAGGCUACGUUUAAACGAACCAAGAGAGAUACAAGAUCUCCGCCAACAAAUCUCGAUAUGGCGUCGCGCCGCCGACUCCCUCCCGCAUCUCAGUAGAGACGAACAGGUGGUCAGAGAGAGACUCGACAAGAAGAUACGUAAAUUGACUUCCCAGUUGGAUCUUUUCGUUAGGGAGAGUAAAAAGAGAGCCUGCCCUAAGACCACAUUCAGGAGCACCUUGGCCGAGAUGAAAGAGAAGUACAAGAUUCGCAAUAAGCCGUUAUUGGCGAAAUCUUCAGUGGCCAUCGGUUUCGUCGUGCUUGUGUUCUUCUUGCACUCCAUACCGGAAUUCAAUCGCGUGUCCCUGGGCUGGACGGCGUUGCUGGGCGCGAUCCUGCUGCUGAUCCUGGCGGACCGCGAGGACCUGGAGCCGGUGCUGCACCGAGUCGAGUGGUCCACACUGCUGUUCUUCGCGGCACUCUUUGUUUUUAUGGAGGCCCUCUCGAAGUUGGGGCUCAUCGUUUUCAUUGGAGGCCUCACGGAGUCCAUCAUUCUCAAGGUGGACGAAAGUGCUAGACUGGCCGUGGCGAUACUGCUUAUUUUGUGGGUGUCAGGUUUGACGUCGGCCUUCGUAGACAACAUCCCGCUGACGACCAUGAUGAUCAGAGUGGUGACCUCGCUCGGGUCGAACCCGAACCUCAAUCUUCCGAUGCAGCCGCUGAUCUGGGCACUUUGCUACGGAGCUUGUCUAGGAGGUAACGGUACCCUGAUAGGCGCGAGCGCCAACGUGGUCUGCGCUGGCGUGGCUGAGCAACACGGAUACAAGUUCACCUUCAUGAACUUCUUCAAAAUAGGCUUCCCGAUCAUGAUAGGCCACUUGGUCGUAGCCUCACUGUACCUGAUUAUAUGCCACUGCGUUUUUGCCUGGCAUUGAUCUCUGACCGUAUCAGGACUUAACUGCUGGAAGCGGAUCUAAAGACUCACUUCCAGGUCAUCCGUCCGCAAAUGUUACCCCACCUUAGUUAUUAACUUAGUAUUCUAUAUAGUAUUAAGGUCCAAGACUCGCAAAAGCCGAUCGGUAAGAUCAAAGAGAUGUGUGUAAAUAAGCAGUAUUGUACUGCGAAAUCAUUAGGGAUUAAUGGAAACUGACCUCCUUACUUUUGCGUGCUCACUAUGUCGAGUAGGGAUAAAGAGCAGACUGCAUAUGUGCAAGUAUCCGUCGUAAAGCGACAGAGAAGGGGGCGCCACUGUUGCGUGCGGUAUAAUCAAAGAUGGCGCCAAAAGUAAUUACAUCAAAUCAUUCAUUUCGGCUCAAAACUGCUACAUUCAAAGCAAACUACUUACACGUAGUUCGCUCCCUAAAGCCGGACACUAUUUCAACUUUUUCUUCUCCUACCCUCCGUAUGGAGGUAUUCAUAAUUUGUAAGAUUAAAAACAAAUGUAGGAUAGAUUCACAAGCCCCUAUCAAGGCUUUGUUUUAUCGCGAUUUAUAUUUAAUUUUAACAUUGCCGUCGUUACUUAAGGUAUAUUAUAAAAUAGAAAGAAGAAGAAAAUUUUGAUAUCAUUAACUAUUGUUAAUAAACUACUGAAAACUUAUAAUACUUUUUGCGUAUUUAUUAUUCAUCAUCUCACCCAAUAUGCCUGUUACAAAUCAUUCUGUCUCUUUUACUCUAAUCAUAUUUGUGCUACGUACGAAAGAGACAUGGCACUUUGCAAAAUUUACUGUUGUUUUGUCUUGGAUGAAAUUUUCCAUAAUACAUAUUAUUGCUAAACUUAGCUUUUAAGAGAUAACAGUUCUUGCCAGAACUUCCGAAAGUAUUUUUACGAUAUUAAUAAACAUUUCUCUGUACAUGAAUAGUUUAAGAGCUUAAUUAAAUUAUAAUAUUAAAACACAUAAAUAAAGAAUGAGUAUAGCGCUGAUAACUGAUCUAGUAUAAAACCUGACACGCAAUGAAAUACAAAAUCUAAACUAGGCGCGCACGGUGUCAAUGACCUUUUGUUCUUGCACAGCGCGCGAUGAACUACAAAGUACGCAAUAAGCGCGUGUGUCAAUGACCCGAGAAGAGUUUUUGGCGGGAACGCGAGGAGUGAAGUUUUGUGAUUUGUUUUAUUUUGCCUAUUUAGUGUUUCUUCAGGUUUAAAUUUGUAAUUAUGGCGGUUCAUUAACUGUUUAAUAUCUGUGAAAGUACACAAAUGUGGGAAAAUUAAACAAAGCCGUAACUUCUCGGGAUCCUCCAAAAAGUCGACUGAAAAAUUCUCAGUAAAUGACCACCAUUUUACUGAGAUUAUUUCAUACCAUAUCAUAUCUCGUCUCAUUUCAUUUUAUUUCAAAAUAUCAUUUUUCAUUUUUCAUAUAAAUUAAAAUAAGACUUGACCUAAAGGUCUUAGUUACCAGGCCAAAAAGUAUCUUAAAAAAAAUCAAUGACCCGAGUAACUUAACUAUGGAGGUCUGCGGUAUGAGUUCUAUUUGAAAAGUGGAUCUCCCGUCCAAAGUACUUUGAGAAUCUCCUGGUUUGGAGAAUGAUUUUCUGUAUGUGAUUUAGAUAGAUAGACUAGUUAUAUGGUUAGAUUUAUAAUUAAUGAAAGGAUAUUUGGUUUAAGCGUCAUUUCGCUUAAUACGCGACAUUUAUUUUUGUAAUUAAAGGUGCGUGCGUUAUUUGGGAUAAGCAUCAACAAUAUGACGUUUUUAAUUGUUUAAUUCUAAUAAGUUUACUCCAUAGAAGUUUUUUUGUUAUGACACUUUUUCCAAAUUUUGAUUGACUUUAAAUGGCUCUCUUGGAAAGUUGCAAAAAUGUCGCAUAAACCAAAUACCUUUUUUUUAAUCCUACCUAUGCUGAUAGCCUUGAGAGGCUACUUCAGCUUUGUAGAUGAGCUCACGGGGCUCAAACCGGAGUGUUGCUAACACUGGCCCUAGCAAGAGCAGUGCUUCGCUGAAUCUACCACCGGAUCGGAAACGCGACCAUCUGAGAAGAUCCGCCGAAAAACUCAGUGGGCUGUGUCUAUGGGUUAAUUCGCUCGUCGAGCCCUUCGUCGCAAGCGACGGGUUCGGCGAGGACGGUGACCGGUGUUUGUGGUACUUAAAACACCGUCAAUGGAUCGGGAGGAUCCGUAAUGACGUGUUUGUAUCCUUCGAGUUCGAUAUAUAUUUAUUUUAUUUAUUUAUUUACUAUGUACACACAAAAAAGAAGACAUAGUACAGAGUAAUAGGAAUAUUAUGUACAAAGGCACUGCUUAUUUCUUUAAGAAAUAUCUUCCAGCAGACCUGCGAGAGGAUUAUGAGAAUAAUAAUUAAAAGUGAUGAGUGUUUGUAGAUCAGCUAAAAUAAUAAAUACAACAUGAGAAUUAUAGUAAUGCACAUACACAUAGCAAAUAUUGUUAAACUUGAAUACAAAAUAUUAUAUUCGAAUAUACUGUUGACAGAGUUAUUAUAUUUAAUUUAUUUAGCGUGUUACAAAUUUUUUUUAAGUUAAUUUUUAAUGUUUUAUAAGCAAUCUUAAAAUCGAAAGACGAAUUAUAAAUGAAUUUACAUACUAAUUAAUUAAUUUUAUUAAUUUCGUUUCCAAGGUUUUAUUUAGAUCGUUUUUUUGUUUAUGUAAAUGUGUUUUUGUUUGUACAUUUCUAUGAAAUAAUUGUAUUUAAGCUGUAA